CAGAGGCUUAACCCACUGAGCCACCCAGGCGCCCCUGCCUCUGCAUUUUGUGUACUAGUCAGGACUGCAGCAACCCUGGGUACCCACAGAGUCACUGCUACAUCAGGUUUAUCUGAUUCCACCAGUGGCUUGAAAGUGGAUUCAUGAGGUGAUGGAAGACUUGGGUGGUGGGUUGUUACUGCCCACGCAUGGGACCAGACUCACUGGCCUGUCCCCCUGUGCCAUCUAUCACCUUCCUGCCACCCCCAACAUCCGGCCAACGUCAGGCUUGGUGUUCAUCCUGGAGGGACCUGUCUCAGGGGCGGGCCAGGCAGUCAGACAAGUCUGACAGGUACCUUGGGAACCUGGGAUCUGGAGGGAGUGGUACCAAGGCAGUACCUUCCUGCAGGGAGGGGCACCUAGUAUGCAGCUGCUGGUAGGCCAAGUACUGGGGUCAGAACUAGCAGAGACGUGCCAGGCAGAGGGAGGUGGCACCCAACAGGUCCCGUCCAGAUGCCCUGCCCUCGGCUGCCCUGGCUCCGCCGCUCCCGGGCCCCUCAGGGCUCAGGCCCCAGCUCUCAGAGCUCACUCUCUGCGCCCCGCUCACCCGGCAGGGAGGAGGGCCAAGACGACGACGGCGAGGAGGAGGAAGGGGACGGCAGCCCCGGCUCGGGCCCCAUCCUGACCCCCGCGUCCCCUGUGGAGUGUCUCAUUUGCGUGUCACCCUUCGACGGCGUUUUCAAGCUGCCCAAGCGCCUGGACUGCGGCCACGUCUUCUGCCUCGAGUGCCUGGCUCGCCUGUCCCUGGCCACGGCGGGGGGCGGCGACGCGGUGGCCUGUCCGGUGUGCCGCGCGCCCACGCGCCUGGCCCCGCGCCGAGGGCUGCCCGCGCUGCCCACAACAACCGGGCCUGCUGCCCGUGACGCGCGCGCGCCCCUGCCGCGCCAGGGCUCGGUGCGCUUCGACCGUCGCCGCGGCCUGCUGUACUUGCGGCCGCCGCCGCCGCCGCCGCCCGGGCCGCGCAAGUCCCGCGCCGCGCGCCCACCGCCGCCGCCGCCGCCGCUGCGCCUUGGCCGCCCGCUGUCUCGCCGCCUCUCCCUGGCCAGCCCGGCCUGGGCCUUCAACGCCGCGGUGGCGCUGGCGGUGCUGGUGGCCGCCGGCCUCGUCGUCUCGGGCGUCUACAUCUUCUUCCUCAUCCCCCACGCCGCCUCCUCCGGCCCCGUGCGGCCCCAGCUCGUGGCGCUCGCCCCGGCGCCCGGAUUCUCCUGGUUCCCGCCGCGGCCCCCGCCGGGGACAUCCUGGACGCCGCGCCCCGUGGGUCCUGACCUGGACACCGCCCUGCCAGGGGCUACGGAGGACGUGCUGGAGCCCGAGGGGGACUCCGAGGACAAGGUGGAGGCCGAGGGGACUCUGGACCGGCCCCCCGACCGCGUGUGGGGAGCAGAAGCCGGCCUGGGCUGGGCCCCGCGGGGACGGGGAGGUAGGAGGGUGUGGGCGCCGCGGUAAACGCAUCCGUGCUUCAGGUCCUGUCUCCAGAGCUGGGGUCCUCCGUGUCCUCCUGGUGGGGCCCCUGCCAGGAUCGCUUGCCCUGGGCCUCAGGGAGGCCUUACCAAGGUGCAUGGAAAGCACCCAUUUCUCCGAGGGAGGUCUAGUGAGAUCGUUCCAGGCGUCAUCACCAAGGAGCAGGGACACUCUCAAGGAGCAACCUCUGCCUUCAUUCCCACAAGGGCCCUCUGGGAGCACCCAUAACCCCGAGCAACUGUGGGCAUCCAGCUGAGGCUGUCCUGAGACCCUCUUUGAGAAGGUCCUUCUGGGAGGCACUCCUAAACCUGGUCUCCAUGAGGGCCCAGGUUGGGAGGACCCUUGAUCCUCAUCCCUCUGAGAGUCCAGCUGGGGAGCCCCUCGGACCAACAUUGGGUAGGUACCCUGCUCGAGACCCCAUCAUGCCCCUCCGGAGGGUCCCACUGAGCGCACCUCCCAUUCAUCAUCAGACCCCGGGGGGAGAACCCUCAGCUAGCAGCUUGGGGGGGAAGCCUCUGAUUUAGUCAUCCUGUGGGCUCACUGCAGGUGGCUGGAAGCCCCCAGUCUCUGGGUGGUGAAGCUGCUACUGCUGUUGACCUCUGGCCAUGCCCCUCUGCGUGGCCUAUCGCAGUCCUCCCCACCCCACUAGGGCUGUGGAGUUUAUUUUCCACUCUGCCACCUGCAGGUUGGGUGUGGGUGGGAUCCAGCUAUUUCCAAGCUGGUCCUGGGUUGUCUGCAUGCAUGGCUGGGGCUUGGGCUUGAAGGGGCAGGGGUGGCCAGGCCAGGGCUGAGGAGGGACACAUAGGGCCUGAGCCUCCAAGAUUAGCUCCCACUUGGUUCUGAGCACCAGUCUGCAAGCAGGAGCCUCGACUACUGUUUGGGUCAUGGCUUCUGGGGUCCUGAUAUGCUGUGGGGCAGCUGUGGUCACCAAGGCUCAUACAAGGUUUGCCCUCUAGGUCAGGUCCACAUGAUCUGGGGGGUGGGUGCUCCUGGAUCUUGCUGGCCUGCUCGGAGACAUCCUGGCCUCUCUCCCUGGGUGCUAGAACCCCUAUCACCCCUAUUUCCACUCAUUAAUUUCUCGAGACCAGUUAUUGCAUGUCUCCUCCAGAGUUCCAUCAACUUUUUUUUUGGGCAUCCCUGUUGUACCCUGAGGUGAAGCCUCAGCCUUGGGUAGCAGCCUACAGGGAGGGCAGCUCUUGGGUUCCUGUCCUCCUCCUCUCAGAAGCCUUCCUGGGUCAGUCAUCACAGGGUAGAUGGCUGCCACCCUCUACACAGACUGAACGCAGGUCUUCUGUUUCCCCCAAGGCUCUUGAGCCCACAUCCUCCCUCACUUGGCCCAGGUUUGGGGUUCCAUGUUCUGUGGCUUGGAAUCUGGCAUUUUCCAGAGAGAAAUGUAACUUCUAUGGGGCUGGGGGCUCUCAUUUGAUCUGUUUACACGUGUGUCCUCAGUGCCUGGCACACGGGGGGUGCCAAAUAGUUUUCUGGGGGAGUGACUGGCAUUGCUGGUGACCAAGAGGCAGGCUGGGAAUGCUUGUGGGCACUCUAGGCUCAACUAGCUCGGAGCCACCCUGGUGGAGGCGUGUCAGCCGAGUUCCUUUCGAUGGGACGCUGCUGCUUCCGGUUGGAAAGCAGAGGGGGAAACAUCAGGACAUCCAAGGGAGUGUCUUUCCAGACCAGUUCUUGUCCCACACCCAGGUGCCAGUGUCACCCACAGUGACUGAGAGCAGGGUGCUGGGUCACUGGGCAGCCCUAGCCCCGCCCACACAGGGAGGGGACUUGGUCAGGCUGGAGCAGUGUUGGUGGUCUAGGUUAGUGUCUGCUGACUGCUGCAACAGAGAACUCAGACUAAUUCUGUCACAGUUCUGCAGGCCAGGAGUCUUGAAAUCAUGUUUACCUGGCUAAAAUCAAGUGUCCUUGGGGCUAGCUUCUCCGGAGGGUCCAGGAGAGAAUUUCCUUAGCUUUUCAUCUUCAACACCUGCAUUCCUUGGCUUCUUCCUCUAUCUAUUUUUAUUUUUUUAAGUAAUCUCUACACCCCAUGUGGGACUCAAACUCACAAUCCCAAGACCAGGAGUCCCAUGCUCUACUGACCGAGCUGACUAGGUGCCCUGUCUUCCUCUGUCUUCAAAGGCAGCAGCAUCGUGGCUACAAAGCUCUGACUGUCCUGCCUCCUGCUUUCACUUGUAAGGGUGUCGUGAGAACUUGAGCCCGCCCUGAUAAUCCGGGAUAAUUUCCCCAGAUCAGCAUCUUAAUUUAAUCACAUCUGCAAAGUCCAUUUUGCCAUCUAAGUAGCAGAUUGACAGAUGCUGGGGGUUAGGACCUGGCUAUCUUUGGGGGCCAUUAUUCACCUCACUAUAGCGUCUCAGGUAUCCUUAUUCUCAUCCCUUCCCUCCUCCACCCAAGGCUGGGAGAUUGGGGAGGGGGGCAAAAGUUGGGCCCAGCCAGGAGAGUGAGAAAGGGGCCCUUAGCUGGUGGUGCCCAGAGAGGGGAGAGAAAAUGCUUUCUGCCUGAGGGUGUUCAAGAAAGGCUGCCUGGAAGAAGACCUGCAUCUUCGAAACAGCU